AUACUGCGAAGUUGUUCGCGGGUUCGCCGUUCGGGCGGGAUUGGGUAUCCUGGAUUAUAACGAAUGAGAGGUUCGAUAUACUGAACCAAGCGAGUGUGGACCCUUUAAUACUGCGUUUUCCACCUCCCGCGAGGGACUGGGCCAGGAAUAAGGGGAGCGAGUGAGUGUGUGUUUGUGGAUAAUCCAGAAGAUGGGGGCGAAGGGCAGCAAGCCUUCGACUCCCAUGGGGAGGGUACACACUGUACCUAAAAAUACCCCUCUGGCAUAUAUCUUAGACAAUUGGAGAUAUUCCCCUGGAACCCUAGGGAAAGAUAAGCAAAAAAUGAUAGAAUAUUGUACUAAGAUAUGGGGAGGGAAGAAGAUUUCUAAAAAUGUCUUUUGGCCAGUCUAUGGGUCAGAAGAAGAUUGGGUAAGACAGCAAUUAAACCUCUGGGUUAAUAAUAAAAAUCCCCUUAACCCGGAGGAGAGUCAAUAUGCGGAAGUGUGGCUAGAAAGACCGAGAGCUAGACUUUAUCCGCUGAAUGAAAUAAAAACUAAACAAAAGAAAAAGAAGGAAGAGUUAGACGAAACCCUUCUAACCCCCCCUCCUUACAUUCCUCCUCCUGCUCCCGCAGAAGUCCCCAGAGCGCCCACUCCCCCACCGGAGUCGGAACAAGGGUCUCCCCCUCUUCCUAGACGCGUAACUAGAAGUCAAAAAGGGGCAGCUCAGAUGUACCCCCUAAGGGAAAUACCCAUGGGGGGACCUCAACCUGUGAUCGGAUAUAUUUCCGUACCCCUAAACUCGGCUGACCUACGAGAUUUUAAAAGAACCGAAAUGGGAAACUUAAUUGAGGACCCACUGGGAGUGGCAGAAAGAUUAAAUCAAUUUUUGGGACCAAACCUUUAUACUUGGGAUGAGAUGCAAUCUAUCCUUGGUCAAUUAUUUACUACCGAGGAAAGAGAUAUGAUUAGACGAGCAGGAAUGAGACUGUGGGAUGCUCAACAUGCCCAGGGACCCCAAGCAGAGAGUCAGGGGCUCUAUAUCUUAGGGGACCGGAGUCAUCAUGAGCCCUUGAUAAAAUUAAAAAUAGGUCCCCAUAAACAAGAGUUCACCUUUUUAGUAGACACUGGGGCUGAGAAAUCAACUAUUAAGCAAAUACCUGAGGGAUGUAAAGUUUCCCCUGAAAAGGUACAAGUAAUUGGGGCAAAAGGAGAACCCUUUAAAGUAAGCAAAAUCAAAAAUGUGGUAUUCGAAACUGAAAAUAAAUUUGGAAUGGGUGAACUCUUGCUCGUCCCUGAAGCAGAAUUUAAUCUGUUAGGACGAGAUUUAAUUGUUGAAUUGCAAUUAGAAAUUAAAGUGAAAAAUCAGGAGCUAACAGUGUCUGCUUAUCCUUUAACCGUGGAUGAUCAAAAACAAAUUAACCCCGAUGUCUGGUACUCUCCGGACACAAUUAGUAGACUGAAAAUCCCACCGAUUAAAAUCCAACUUUCCGAACCCCACAUACCUGUGAGGGUAAGGCAAUAUCCCAUAUCCCUAGAAGGACGGAGGGGAUUAAAACCAGAAAUUGAUCGAUUGUUAGCACAAGGAAUCUUAGAGCCUUGUAUGUCACCCUUUAACACCCCCAUUCUGCCUGUAAAGAAACCAAAUGGGAAAUAUCGACUCGUACAUGAUUUAAGGGAAAUAAACAAAAGAACUAUCACCCGAUUCCCUGUAGUAGCAAAUCCAUACACACUGCUAAGCAAGCUAGGACCCCAUAACUCCUGGUAUAGUGUGGCUGACUUAAAGGAUGCCUUUUGGGCCUGUCCACUGGCAGAAGAAUGCCGUGAUUAUUUUGCCUUUGAAUGGGAAGACAUAGAGACAGGCCGUAGACAGCAAUUGAGAUGGACUGUGCUUCCCCAAGGGUUCACUGAGUCCCCUAAUCUGUUUGGACAGGCCCUGGAAGAGCUCUUAAAAGAAUACCAGGUACAAACGGGAAACGUGCUGUUACAGUAUGUAGAUGAUCUGCUCAUAGCAGGGAAUAAUAAGGAGGAUGUAAGGAAAGAAAGCAUUCGACUCCUAAACUUUCUUGCACAAAAGGGACUACGAGUAUCACAAGAAAAGUUACAAUUUGUGGAGGAAAAAGUGAAAUAUUUGGGGCAUUAUUUGUUUAACGGCAAGAAGAUAUUGGAUCCAGAGCGCAUUAAAGGAAUUCUGGAAUUACCUAUGCCUGUCACUAAGAGGCAAAUUCGGCAGGCAUUAGGGCUAUUUGGGUAUUGUAGGCAAUGGAUAGAGAACUACAGCUUUAAAGUUAAAUUUUUAUAUGAACAACUGUCUAAAGACAAAAUACCCAAGUGGACCCCUCAGGAUCAAGAGCAGUUUGUCAGUCUCAAAAGGGAGCUAAGUCAAGCACCGGUUUUAAGCCUACCAGAUUUAAAGCGGCCAUUCCAUUUAUUUGUUAACAUACAUGAAGGAACGGCAUUCGGAGUAUUAACUCAGGAAUGGGCCGGACAAAAGAAACCGGUGGCAUACCUAUCAAAGCUGUUGGAUCCUGUGAGCAGGGGUUGGCCGAGUUGUUUACAAAUCAUUGUUGCUGCUGCCUUAUUACUUGAGGAAACGAAUCGCAUUACCUUUAAUGGAGAAGUUGUCUUAUAUGCGCCUCAUAACAUCAGGGGAGUGUUACAACAAAAAGCAGAAAAAUGGCUUACAGAUAGCCGAUUAUUAAAGUAUGAGGGAAUACUUAUAGAAUCCCCUAAACUAUCUUUGAAAACUAUUGGAGCAGUUAACCCCGCUGAAUUUUUGUACCCAGGAGAAGGUAAUGAACUAUUGCACAAUUGUUUUCAAACAAUUGAACAGCAGACACGCAUUAGGCCAGACUUAGAAGAAGAAGAACUACAAUGUGGAGAAGUAUUAUUUAUAGAUGGGUCAUCACGAAUAGUGGAAGGUAAACGAUUGUCCGGAUAUGCCAUCGUUAAGUUGGAAAAAGGAGAAUUUAAGACAAUAGAAUCAGGCCCCCUGAGUGCCAGCUGGUCGGCUCAAGCCUGUGAGCUGUAUGCAUUGUGGAAAGCAUUAGUGUCACUGAAGGGAAAGGAUGGAACUAUAUAUACAGACUCACGCUAUGCGUUCGGAGUAGUACACACUUUUGGAAAAAUAUGGGAGGAAAGAGGAUUUGUUAACUCACAGGGAAAAGAACUGAUACACCCGGAAUUAAUUCGGCGAGUUCUGGGGGCAUUGAAAAUGCCGAAUAAAAUAGCAGUUGUACAUAUAAAGGGACACCAGCGAGGUACAAGUUAUCAAAUUAGGGGAAAUAAUGCAGCUGAUACAGAAGCAAAACGAGUGGCAGGCAAUUAUGGUAUGAUUUUGACUAUGCAACAAGUACCUGUUAGUAAAAAUUUGAGUUUUGAGUCUGCAGAAAAGGAAAAACUAGAACAAAUGGGAGCUAAGGAACAAGAUGGUAAGUACAUAUUGCCAGAUGGGAGGGAAGUCUUGCCGAAGGGCAUAGCACUCGAGAUAUUUUCAAAAAUACACAGUAAAACACACUGGGGAACCCAGGCGUUAGUUGAUCAUUUCAAUCAACAGUUUGCCAGUAUAGGCGUAUAUAACAUAGCAAAGAUAGUCACGGCAGCCUGCGAGACCUGUCAAAAGGUUAAUCGAAGCAACAUGAGACAAAAACCUCUUGGAGGACGUUCCCCAGCAUACAGACCUUUCUCACACAUACAAGUGGAUUUUACUGAACUACCCAGGGUAGGGCGUUACAAACAUUUAUUAGUAAUGGUGGAUCAUUUAACACAUUAUGUUGAGGCUUUUCCUACCUCCAAGGCAACUGCUAACCAGGUUACUAAAGUGUUACUUGAACACAUUAUACCUCGAUAUGGAGUACCUGAAGUAAUCGACUCGGACAGAGGAACACACUUUGUGUCAAAAAUUGUUAAAGAUCUAGCUGAAAGCUUGGGGAUUAAGUGGGAAUACCAUACACCAUGGCAUCCACAAAGUUCAGGAAAAGUUGAAAGGAUAAAUGGAGAAAUCAAAACUAUUUUGACUAAAUUAAUGAUAGAAACCAAAUUAUCAUGGAUUAAGUGCCUACCCAUGGCACUAUUAAUUCUCAGAACCAGACCCCGAGCAGAUGUAGGAAUAUCAGCGUUUGAAAUGGUGUAUGGAAUGUCUUAUAGAAUUGAAAGUCCACAAACAAAUGUUUUAAUUCGAGACCGUGUGAUUAAUGAAUAUGUUUCACAAUUAGCAGAACAUCGUAACAAGCUUUGGGAACAUGGACUGAUUGUACAACGACCCCCGUUGGACUUAAAAAUUCAUAAUGUUAAACCUGGGGAUUGGAUAUUGAUUAAAGUGUGGAAGGAAGAAACCCUAAAACCCAAUUGGGAGGGACCUUAUCUUGUUUUGCUUACAACAGAAACAGCUGUCCGAACUGCUGAGCGUGGAUGGACUCAUGCCAGUCGCAUUAAAGGCCCAGUGACGAGACCCCACUGGAAAGUAAUCAGUACUCCAGGUGACACCAAGAUAACCCUGAAAAGAUAACGUAAUGAUAAAGACUUUAUUCGAUUAUUUUACCGCAUUACCUCUCGGUAUAAAGUGUGUAUUGCUGUUUAUAUUUGCUAUAAUUAUUUCUCUUUUUUUCUAUUAUAUAUGGAAGCGUACAAAGUGUGUUGAAGGAAAUUGCUAAACUUAUGCAACCUCACAAUAUUAAAUAUAGAAGAUAUGUUGAUGUAAAUAAUAUAUGCACUCUAGAUAUAUGAAUUAGGUGUAAUGAUUUGAACUGCAAUUGUUAUCCAUUUGCUUGUUUUAGGUGUAAGGUAUGCCAGGAUAAAUGGUAGACACAUUGUGAAUGUGGAUACCCUCCAAUAGGAGUUUGCACACAGUGUUGGAAAAUCCAAAGAACUCUCACUGAGUGGAAAUUAAAACAAUUAGAGUCUAAACAAAAAAAAUUAUUCGGGAAUCCCAUGAGUGGUGGGAAAUUUUUGCCAAAGGAAUAAACCCUCGAUAUUAUUGCUACCACUCCAACGAACCAGUCCCCUUUGUAGCUGAAAUUUUGGUUAUAAAAUGCAGAAGGGAAGUACUGACCGUGUCUUACUUUACCCCAUUAGUUAAAGCUGCAAAGUGGGAAGCCUAUAUAAACAGGCAGAAAGCCCGAAACAGCUGUUCUCCUGAAGAAUUCCCUUGCUGCCGAGAAGAUGGUACACCCCGUGGCUCGAAGCAACCGAGUCGACGGGCGAGGCAGAGGAGGAACAAACUGUGGAGAAAAGAACCAGAACGAUGGGACACAAAAGCAGCAAUGGCCGAACUUCCCCAGGACUGAUAAAAAUAUACUUAAAUUGACAAAAUUGACAGACACCCUUUUUCCUGGUAUACCGUUAGUUUUGUUAUUGAUAAUAACCCAAGCAAAUGGAAACCCUCAUGAACCUAUGAAAUGGACGAUUGGUCGAUGGGAGGACCAAACAGUAAUUGGCAUUAAUGUCACUGCCGGAGCCCCCACAUUCCGAGCAGCGCUGUGCCAACUAGCACCUAUAGAACCAUGCUUAAAUCUGAAAGGAUAUUAUUUGUGUCCUGCUUCCAACCCAGGCAAAGGGUAUUGCAACUAUCCAAACGAGUAUUAUUGUGCGUCCUGGGACUGUGUAACCCUCGCUGCGGCAUGGCAGCCGGGUAGGUCAGACCCUUUCCUCAAGACUCAGUGGGGUCCUGAGGGAUGUACACCUCCUCGAUAUGAUUCCUCGGGAGGUAUCAUAAGUCCAGGAAAUUGUGCUCAUAUAAUUCUUACAAUAUUGCAACCGGACGAUUUUGGGUGGAUAACAGGAAGAACAUGGGGAAUUAGAUAUUGGGAACCAGGUGUAGAUAGAGGAGGGCUUAUACUUAUACGAAAAGUUAAACUUCCACACGAUCCCUUACCAGUAGGACCAAACCUGGUCCUGAAUCCACCCACUUUCUCUGAAGAAAAGGUUGCCCCCGCAAGCGUCGCAACCAAUUCUCCAAACUCCCUUUCGGAAACAACUAAUGACAUUGUGACUGAAUUCUCCUCAUCCAGGGAUCGAGAGUUGUCAGAAUCCAAAGACCCCUUAUGGAAUCUAAUGCAAGCCUCUUAUCGUGCCCUUAAUGAAAGCAAACCAAAUUUAACUAAAGAAUGUUGGUUAUGUUAUAAUGUUAGACCACCAUAUUUUGAGGCAAUUGGAAAACCAGGUAGGAUUCAAUGGUCUAAUGGUUCAAACCCACGAGAAUGCCCAUGGGAUGACCAGAGGAACCAUACGCAAGGAAUUACUAUUCAAUUAGUAACAGGUCAAGGAAAAUGUAUAGGUACAGUGCCCGAAAAAUAUCAGCCUUUGUGCAAUAAAACAGUCACUAACACCAAUAUAGAGAAACACAAGAAUCAAAAUGACAAAUGGGCUAUCCCGACACCAGGAGCUAAAUGGGUUUGUUCAGACAUC